UAAAGCCUAUAUACGCGAAACGAUAUUUGCGAUCUUUACCUGGCAAUCAAGGACAUGCAAUUCAAAAGAUUGCUCCCGAUGUAUUCUGUAAUUUGACACUGUCCUCUGGUAAUUGUAUGCCAUUGUAAAGAUAUGUUCGUUUUAAGGCGAACAAUGUAUUGACCUAACAAUUUUGUUUUAGCUCAUUUAAAAACUACCUCUUGGGUUAUGUCGUUAUGAUCAGAAUAUACACGGAUUCUAUUAAGUUUAUUUAUUGACACCUCUCAGUGAAUUGUGUGACAUUUUGGAUAUUGUUAACACUAACGACGUGUUGAGUGGACCGACGGUAAACUAAUACUAUAAACACUAAAAUACAAGUAUAUUUUGAUUUUUCUCAUAAAUAUACAUUGUUAAAAACAGAGGAAUGAACAAAACUGAAACAAUUAGUCAUCAUUUAGCUUCUUUUAUUUCAUGAAGGACUUUUUUGGUUGUAUUUCCUUUAGAUGCAAUCAUAUUUCGCAGACUAUAAAACAAUUACCGUUAGAUGAUUUAAAAUAUACACCUUAACAUGAUACCUCGCAGUUUCAUGAGUUUCAUGAAGAGGGGAGGUUUGGUUUUGAUAUGUGCAACUAUACUCUUGGUAUGGCUGGUGCCUCGCAAAAACAAUUCUUUAAUAAUAACAGAUGACAAUAACACUAAAGUUAGCGGUGUUCACAUACAAACUAAAUCUUAUGAAAACAAAAGUAUUACAGUAAACAUGAGUGGGCCAGUAACGAAGUGUUCGAAAAGGUCCUGCAUAAACGAUUUGCUUGAUGUGAAAAUAAGAUACAAUACGAGUGCACGUAGAGAAGAACGCAACUCGACAAAAAAGAGCAUACUUUGGUAUAAGGAUCGAGCGACAAACAUUAUACACACCACACAGAUGUUCACCAAAUGUGAGUACAGUAACUGUGUCGCCACUGAUGCGGUUUCUGAGGUGAACCAUGUGGAUGCAGUUAUAUUUACAGUGAGCUACUCAAAAAUAGGACAAAAACCACCAUUCAAACGGGGAAAUCCAGACCAGGCAUGGAUAUUCAAACUUGGAGAGAGUCCUUAUGGGCGUGACUUUUCUGGGUACAGCUCGCCACACUGGCGAAAUCAGUGACUACAUAACUGAGAAGUUUUUGAUGAAUUACAACCAUGACUGGAUAUUAGUGGCAAGAGGCGGGGCAGACUACCGAAAAGUAAUUCCUACACAAACUUACGUCAACAGUGUGGAGUUUGAAUCGCCAGCCAAACUGGUGGGGUAUCUAAAUGACCUUGCUAAUGACAAAGAUCGGUAUGUGAAGUUAUUGAAAGAGAAAGACAAGUAUGAAGCGCAGUAUGGUGCUGGUUGGCCCUACUUCUUGUGUGAACUCUGUCAUAGGUUAAACCAUUUAUCAGAAUACAGACAUUCAUACCCGGAUAUAGCUGAACAUCUACAAAAGGACAGAUGUUUUAAACCAAGAGAUAACAAAGACUAACAUAAUGGUAGUAAACUGCAAAAUCCUGCACAUUUUAAUCUUAUGGCAUUAACACUAUGAAUCAUUAAUACCUCAACAUGCAUUAAUAAAGAUACUAUUAUGAUGCAUGUGUAAUCCGUUCAUGUUGUUUUGAUCUUCGCUGAUUGAUCGGCUAUUAGGCUUGUCCCUGUAUUUGUAUUAUUACAAUCAUUUUAUCAUCCUUACUCCUUUGCUUGAAGACUUCCA